CGGCGUGCAGCAGAGGGGCGGGGCGCUGCCGUGCAGAGCCGAGCGGAGAGACAACCUGCCUACAUGCUUAUUGUGUAAAUCUUUAAAAAGCAAUUAGCCGCAGCAUCAUCUGAGCCUCCUACCCUCAUCUGGCUGCGUGACGCGUCUCUGUGCACAGAAGUGUUUUCAGGCGGUCGGGAGAAAAAACAAACCAGGCAUCAUCAUCCUCAACCAUGACGGACAGGAAAGCAGUGAUCAAGAACGCAGACAUGUCGGAGGACAUGCAGCAGGACGCCGUGGACUGUGCCACGCAGGCCAUGGAGAAGUACAACAUAGAGAAGGACAUCGCAGCCUACAUCAAAAAGGAGUUUGACAAGAAGUACAACCCCACCUGGCACUGCAUCGUCGGGAGGAACUUUGGCAGCUAUGUCACCCAUGAGACGAAGCAUUUCAUCUACUUCUACCUGGGCCAAGUGGCCAUCUUGCUCUUCAAGUCUGGCUGAGAAGUUUCUGAUGGGUGUUGAGGGGUUUUUCUCCCUGAGCCUAAAUCGGAAAUGCACUGGUGGCCGAUGUCUCCCAUACACUAAUACCGACAUACCAUAACAAUGCAAAACCGGCCAUGCGCAAUUGCAUGGACUAUACACUAUUUAAUAUGUAUGUUACAGUAAGUUUACUUUUCGAUAGUUGCCAUUUGAAUGCAACUGAAGUAGUUUUUGUUGAUGCUGUAAAAUUCUAGGUUGUAAAAGUUUUCAACGUGGCCCUUGAUUGUAAAAUAAAGGAAAGCUGUAGAAUGUAGUGGUGCAUCUGCUUUCCUUCACAAGUGGCAUCACUUCUUAUGAGACUCCAUCUGUUGGUUUAGGUGGUAAAUUCAUAUCGCGUGCACCAGUUUGACAUUCAUUACCAAGAUUUUGGCCUGUGUUCAUGGAACAAAGUUGGUAACGGGCAAAAUUGUGAGGCUAAUGAGUGACUUUAAAGUGAGAGCAUAUCUUAACCUGACAGCACGAGUUCAGUUUAUUACUCUAAUUUUACUAAUUUACAGGAAUUAUGUUGUCUGGAGAUGGCAUUAUAAAAAACCUUUGCUGUUUUCAAUUUGGUUAAAGCAAAUCACGAAACAGAAGUAGAAAUUUUAGCAGCCGCUUUCAGAAAAGAUGUCACAACAUCCAACACACUUGACAUUUUGGAACCGACACGAGCCAGUGCAAGUAUUUCCAGGGAUCUUCAGUAAAUUGUCACUGUGAAGAACCACAGAGCAAACCAAGCUCACAUACACAGACCUUAACCUGUAAUGUUGGAGUAAUACACUACAGACUAGUUAUUAACGUCUCCCAACUCACCUACACAGAUCUUACAAUCCCGUGUGUCUGCAUGUUUGAAGGAUCAAAACCACAACGUCUUUAACUGUCAGACACAGACGAAGGCUCAUCCUGGAGGUAAAUGAUUUAUUUAAAUUUCUCUCGAGUAUGUAGAUAUUUGGACUGAGCUGAUGUGUGUCUUGUCCCAGUAAUUGCUAUAAAGCAGCAUUAGGAAGGUGAUUUAGAUUUAGAAACAUCUGCGGUCAACUCUACUGAGGCUACCAACGCCCCUGUGUUUCAGAUGGUUGUGUCGUCUUAUGUGGCCUGUGAUUCUUUCAAGUUGCAUUAUCCCCAGCCUUUUAUUUUUUGCAUUGCAAGUGUCCUGCCAGACAAGCGGGGAAGACGGCGCAUUUGGUGUGGGGACGUCUUAAAGCGACUGCAAGCAGGUGUAACUCGUGUCUAGCACACUGAUUUUAGGUUUUCAUUUUGUGAUGUCCGUAUAAUUAGUUUGGAAUGGCAAUGCACAACGCCUAGAUGUUGACGAGAUGUGUACUUUAGGACGGAUGAUUGGAGAGACUUAGUCCAUCGAGUUGGAUAAAACCACAUUUCUUGCAGUGCAUAAAGACUGAAUGUUUACUCAGUCGUUUGCUCCCAUAUCACAGCUAUGGGUGAAAUGUGUCUCUCUCAAGUGUUAGCUAGGACCGUUUAUCGAGGGACGUCUUAACUAUUGUCAAUGUAAAAAUGAUUUGGUAUUGUUUUAUCCUCUGGCAUGUAUUUUUGCUGUGUAUAUGUAGGAGCCGUUCCAAUGCUGUUAAAUUUGCACAAAACGUGUGCCUGUCAUUGCUCUCAACUGUAACCGGCUUGAGUACAAUUGCACUUCAUUACAAUUACCCAGUAGGUUGCUACAGAACCAAAAUCGUAUAAACUCGAUCAAAUAAAAAAUUAAUUGUUGACUUA